GCCCGGGCCCGCCCACUCCCCCUCGGUCCGGCGCGCUCUUCCUGCGCAGUUCUUCGCAGCCUCGGCUGGGAAGUACCAAGGCUGCUCUCUCCAGGCUCAGUGCUCCGACUGCGAGCAGGCAGUCCCGGCGAGUGGGGUGCGCACCGUCUAAAGUGGCCCGGGCGCGGACUGCAGCAUUCUCCUGGCCCCGAGCAGGUCGUGCCACCGGAGGAGUAGUCUCUUGGCCAGCAGUUGCCGCCACCCGACUUUCCGUUCUAGUUGCUGCUCCCCCAGGGCAACAUGUCAAAAGCCGCCGCCUCUACAGCUGCGGCCUCCACCUGGGGAAGAGCAGCGGCAGCGGCGGCGGCGGCGGCGGCCGCGCAGGGGCAAUAAAUUGAACGCACCAGGCGUCCAGCGGGCUAGGGAACUCUGGGCGCUCACUGCUCCGGCGGGACCCGCGCCAUGUGCUGAGACAUGCCCCUCGCCGCGCCCGCCCGCAGCGCAUGGGGCAGCGCCUGAGCGGCGACCGAUCCAGUCUCGAUGUCCCGGGUCGGCUCCUGCCGCAGCAGCCGCCGCCCACGCCGCCGGUGAGGAGGAAGCUCGCGCUGCUCUUCGCCAUGCUCUGCGUCUGGCUCUAUAUGUUCCUGUACUCGUGCGCCGGCUCGUGCGCCGCGGCGCCCGGGCUGCUGCUGCUGGGCUCCGGGGCCCGCACGGCCCACACCUCGCCGGCCCUGGCCACGGGUUCGGACGGGACUCCUCCUAGGCUGCCGUUCCCAGCAGCUCCAGCCACGCCGCUGGCUGAGGGCAAGGAGACGGCGGAGGGCGCCGCGAGUCAGGAGGAGCAAAGUCCCGAGGCGCCGGAUGCCCCCAGCCCCAUCUCGAGCUUCUUCAGUGGGUCUGGGAGCAAACAGCUGCCGCAGGCCAUCAUCAUCGGCGUGAAGAAAGGCGGCACGCGGGCGCUGCUCGAGUUCCUGCGCGUGCACCCCGACGUGCGUGCGGUAGGAGCGGAACCCCACUUCUUCGACCGCAGCUAUGAUAAGGGCCUCGCUUGGUACCGGGACCUGAUGCCCAGAACCCUGGACGGGCAGAUCACCAUGGAGAAGACGCCCAGUUACUUUGUCACCCGGGAAGCGCCCGCGCGCAUCUCGGCCAUGUCCAAGGACACCAAGCUCAUCGUGGUGGUGCGCGACCCUGUGACCAGGGCCAUCUCGGACUACACGCAGACGCUCUCCAAGCGGCCCGACAUCCCCACCUUCGAGAGCUUGACGUUCAAAAACCGAACCGCGGGCCUCAUCGACACGUCGUGGAGCGCCAUCCAGAUCGGCAUCUACGCCAAGCACCUGCUGGGCCGCGUGCAGGACUUCCUGGGCCUCAAGAGGAUCAUCACCGACAAGCACUUCUACUUCAACAAGACCAAGGGCUUCCCCUGCCUCAAGAAGGCCGAGGGCAGCAGCAAACCGCACUGCCUGGGCAAAACCAAGGGCCGGACGCACCCCGAGAUCGACCGCGAGGUGGUGCAGAGACUGCGGGAGUUCUACCGGCCCUUCAACUUGAAGUUCUACCAGAUGACCGGGCACGACUUUGGCUGGGACUGAACGCACUGCGAGGUGCAGC